UACCAGAAUGCUGUGUUGCUAAUACAUUGGAUUGAAUCGGAGGAAAAUUGCUAAAAUCCCCGUGUGGAGCGUGGUGCACACAAUUUUAUGCGCUGCUUCAACCGACCUGAUUGAGCUCAAAAAUGCGAAUGGAAAGCAAUGGCGGUAACAGCGGUGGCACAUCGCCAAAACGUAGAACAAACGUGGUAGGCAAUGGGAAAAGUAACCUUCGCCAUCACCAGCAUCAGCAUCAUCAACCGCAUCACUAUGCCAACAAACAGACGGAAUCGAGUGUACUUGACGGAGGAACAGAUGCAAAUCCAACGUCGUCGACAGAAUUGCCUCCCUCGUCUGGGUCAUUUUUGCACAUAUCAAUCAUCAAACUGGCUCUUGGCAGCCGUUUGCUCGUAAUAGCACUUCAGAUCAUGGCCAAUCAGCUGCUGCCGGAUCACGAUGCUGGCGUGUUCAUUGCGCCCCGUGAUAAGGAUGCUCCGGAAAGACCGCUGGAUGCGUUAGUGCGGUUCACGCUCGGUGGAUUAGAUCGAUGGGAUGGCCAGUACUUUCUGCAUAUUGCCGAGCACGGUUAUACGUACGAGAACACGUUGGCGUUUUUCCCUUUGUUUCCGUUCAUUCUGAAGAUCGUCAGUAGUGCUCUGAACAGCACCGAUGUUAUCACCUUUAUAAGCUAUCGCGAGCUAUCCCUCGUUCUUGCUGUCCUCUUCAACAUGGUCUGCUUCAUCGGGGCUGCCAAAGCACUCUAUAGACUAAGCAAGCUGGUGCUGGGCAGCAAAAAGAAGGCCGAGAUCGCGGUACUGCUGUUUUGCUUCAAUCCAGCCUCGAUCUUCUUUACCGCACCGUACACGGAGAGUUUGUUUGCCUGGCUGUCGUUCGCCGUGAUGUACCAGUGCAUCGAGGAUGUUACGUCCGUCUUCAUCACGAUCCCACUGAGUCUAUCUAUCCUGUCCCGUUCGAACGGCAUGAUCAACAUCGGGUUCGUGCUAUACUUUGCCAUUCGGCGCAUUGUGGCCCAGUACAACUUCCACAACGUGAUCUGCAUUUGCUCCCGUCUCUUCACCAUGCUCAUCAUCGUACUCUUUCACUACGGAAUCGCACAGGUGUACAACUACUACCUGUUUUGCUUCGAGCAGAAGUUUAACUUUCCGGCUCACGUUCGAGAGUACGCGUCCGAGCACGGACUCAUCCUGGCAGGCAAUAAGACGGAAGAAUCUUCUCCCUGGUGCACAAACCUACUGCCACUCUCGUACUCAUACGUGCAAAGUCACUACUGGAACGUAGGGUUUCUUCGCUACUACGAGCUCAAGCAGCUGCCAAACUUCCUCCUCGCCCUACCGGCCAUCUAUCUAACACUAAGCAAUUCCUACCGCUACCUUCAGGAACAUUGGGAAUACGCCGCACGGUUGGGCCUUUUCCGUGUGUCCAAGAAGCAAUUUAAAAUGAUGCGUCCUUACGAUCGACUCGCGCUCGUGUUCGUCGUCCACGCGAUACUGCUUACGCUUUUUUCGCUGUUCUUCGUGCAUGUGCAGGUCACGACUCGCAUCCUGUGUGCCGCCAGCCCCGUGCUGUACUGGUACGCCGCGGAAUAUUUCACCGGCGAGCGAACGUUCAUUAAGCGUCAAGUUAUUCGGAAACUUUCCAAGCAGGUGAAGGACGGCGAUGAAAUCAGCUGCACGCAUGUGACCAACCACGUCGAUUUGAGUGAUCUCCUGGACAUUCGCUGCAUGAAUUGGCAGCAGCAGGCGAUUUUGGGGUACUUCGUCGGGUAUACCGUCGUCGGGACUAUAUUGUUUAGCAAUUUUUAUCCAUGGACAUAGAGAGAGCGUAACCCAGAUCGUACUUGAUUGUUAAAUGAACUCUACAUUUUAACAUUAGUAUCCUAAUGUCUUAAAAAGGAAGAAACCUUGCGCCUAGAACGAAACUGGUUGCUGAACCAAUAACCUUGCUCUACAUUACGGUUUAACACUUAUCUCGUGCCUUUUUCGCUCUUACAUUAUGAAUACUACCAAACUAUGGAUAAAAAGUCGUAAGAAACCUAGCAAGUGAACUCUAAGGUUUACGCCAUCGCAAAAACCUAUCGUCAUGAUCGAUAUAUCAGCAUUGGUGUAUGCUGCGUUAUCUAUUUUGUUAUAUGCUUCUCGGUCAAAGAAUGUUAGCUUCAAUUCGAAACAAUGCCAAAUUUAAACUUAGUCAAUUACAUUUAUUUAUAAAACGGUUUGCUUUAGUUUCAACAUAGUUAUACGAAGAUAAUUAGAUCGUCUUCCAUUGGAUCUCUUAUAUUUGAGCGAAGAAAAAACAGCAAAAGGCUUUCCAAACAAUGCCGCGAACGAACGAAAACCAUACACCUUGUUUAAGACUGUGUUUCUAAACGAUAAGUAGACUAAAUGCUAGCUUUGUGAAGCUAGCAUUGGUUGUAAGCAAAAGACGCUUGUAGCUAGACUCUUCAUAUAUCCAUUUGCUCGAGAAAGGUACCAUUUACAAAACUUGCCUUGCAUUACCACCGAAUUGGGGAAGACAAACUAUUGCCAUAUGAUAUUGGAAAACAACAUUAUUUCACCAUUGGCACAAUUGAAUUGAAAGCCAAACUGAACGAACAAAAUUUGCUCCGCGGCUGCUACGUAGAGACAAGGCGAUAUUAGUUGUGCGUUUAGCAAAGACAGGUGUUUUUGGGUCAACGUCAGUCCUACAAAGCUGUAUGUAGAGAAAAUAAACGAAUAUAGUUGAAUGUAAACAUCUUACAUUAAACCCAACAUAAUAUGGUUUAUAAUUAUUAGACUUAACUUUACAAAAGCAAACAGUGAGCUGACUUUAUCGUAGUUUAUUCAAGUAAAAAACGAACCAUUAGAGUGAAACCAACGACUUUGUUGGAAAGCGAAGCAAAGUCCGUCAACGAAAUAUAAACGAUCGAAGCUAUUCUAUAUUGAACUCGUAAUUAUACAUCAAAAUCAAUCCGUUAUACAUGUACACCUAACAAAACUGGAAACAAUCAAAUCAAUUUCUCGUUGUAGCACUAGGCAAUCAAGCGAACUUAACAUAUGCAGUGAAAGUCAUUCUUUCCAUAGAACUAAUUACUGAAAACUUUAUCACCCCUCACCGGAACAGAUGUUGUAGUUUAUACAAAAAAAGUGCAAACAGACCACAAUUGAACAUUUGAAUUAAAGGUAGUUUAAAAGGGGCAACCCGGGACAGAACAGGAACACUAUAUUAUACAAUAUACGUAGGUUUUAGGAGACCAAAGCGAUAACAAUUGAGUUAGUGAUUAGUUAGAAAUACAGAGUGAAACAAAUAUUAAAGCAAAUCAGCAUAAUCAACUAAACUAGUAAAACGAGAGAACUUAAAUUUGACGUUAACUUCAUUCAUAAUCCAUCCUCUUAGCAAAAGAUACCAUUAAUCGAGCAAGUUUAAAUAUUUCUGAUAAUACAAGCAAAUUUUACAAAGCAACAGUUUUUAUAACUGUGCGUUAUAUUAAAUAAAAAAAAUGUAGAAAAAGUCAUUUAAAGCAGAAGCAUUAAAAAAGAUAAUGAACAAAAUAACCGAAAGUCAACAUACGCAUUUUACACUAUUUGCAUAGAAGUUUGUUCGUUUUCGCUUAGACGUGGAAAGUCUAAUUAGGGUUUUAUCUAUUUCAAGUGUUCUUCUCUACUCGAUGUGCAAUAUCGCAUGCAGUUUAUCUCGUUUCAUAAGUUUCAUAGGGACUAAUCACGAACAAAGAAGGAAGUAUCUGUUAACUUAACCACUAUUUGUUAUCAUCUUCACACUAGGGGACCACUACAAUGGAUGGAAGAGCUUACGAGUAUCCUUGCGAUGUAUCUUUCUUCUAUAUUUAAAUCAGAACAAGAUUUAAAAAAAAACAAUACCUUACUAUCUCGGGGAUUUUCAUCGUUCAUCAAGACCCGUCGUUAUCGUAACACUAUCUAUCAAAAAUAAAAAGUCUAGUCAUUAAGUUACUGAACACUUGUUACAUUUACCCCGUUCAUACCAACUGUUGAGCAAAACACUAUAAGCCACUAAUAGCGACUAUAAUUAGUGCGUUUCAUACUUCUGAAGUCGAGAAACUAGACAAUACCUAGUUAGUUAGUUAGUUUAGUUAUGCUGGUAGACUAGUUCCGAUAGAAACUCAGACUUCGCUACCGUUCGCUCUAUUGACAAUUACUAACAACUUCAAGCGUAACAAUAUCAUGUUUAAAAACACACGUUUAUUAUAAAUCGAUCAAAAUAGUAAGAAAUAAAGAUGCAAAGUCUGACAA